GCUGCCGCCUGGCGCUCGGGUCGCGUCCGCCGGUCGCAGGGAGACUGGAGGCCGGGAAGCGCGCCGCCCGCCGCCAUGCGGUUCCGCUUCGGGGUGGUGGUGCCGCCCGCGGUGGCCGGAGCCGGGCCGGAGCUGCUGGUCGUGGGGUCUCGGCCUGAGCUGGGGCGCUGGGAGCCGCGCGGGGCGGUGCGCCUGAAGCCGGCGGGCACGGCAGCGGGCGCUGGGACGCUGGCGCUGCAGGAACCGGGCCUGUGGCUCGGGGAGGUGGAGCUGGCGGCCGAGGAGGCGGCGCAGGACGGGGCGGAGCCGGGCCGCGUGGACACGUUCUGGUACAAGUUCCUGAAGCGCGAGCCGGGAGGAGAGCUCUCCUGGGAAGGCAAUGGGCCUCACCACGACCGUUGCUGUAUUUAUAAUGAAAACAACUUGGUGGAUGGUGUUUAUUGUCUGCCAAUAGGACACUGGAUUGAGGCCACUGGGCACACCAAUGAGAUGAAGCACACAACAGACUUCUAUUUUAAUAUUGCAGGCCACCAAGCCAUGCAUUAUUCAAGAAUUCUACCAAAUAUCUGGCUGGGUAGCUGCCCUCGCCAAGUGGAACAUGUAACCAUCAAACUGAAGCAUGAACUGGGGAUUACGGCUGUAAUGAACUUCCAGACAGAAUGGGAUAUUGUACAGAAUUCCUCAGGCUGUAACCGCUACCCAGAACCCAUGACUCCUGACACUAUGAUUAAGCUGUAUAAGGAAGAAGGCCUGGCCUACAUCUGGAUGCCGACACCGGAUAUGAGCACUGAAGGCCGCGUCCAGAUGCUGCCACAGGCGGUGUGUCUCCUCCACGCGCUGCUUGAGAACGGACACACCGUGUACGUGCACUGCAACGCCGGGGUGGGCCGCUCCACCGCCGCCAUCUGCGGCUGGCUCCAGUACGUGCUGGGAUGGAAUCGCAGGAAGGUGCAGUACUUCCUCGUGGCCAAAAGGCCGGCUGUGUACAUUGAUGAAGACGCCUUGGCCCGGGCAGAGGAAGACUUUUAUCAGAAAUUUGGGAAGGUUCGGUCUUCUAUAUGCGAUGUAUAGGUGAUGGAUCUGCCUCCCCUCCCUCCCGGUUUCCUUACGAAGUCUGGAGUGAUGCUUGUAAAUGACCUAGAAACCAAGAUUCUUCCUCAACUGGAAAGACGGGUCUUGGCUUCUCCCCUGACCUGCCUUCUUUAGUCUGGCACUGACUUUUGGUUACGCUUUGGUUGAGCUGUAUCUUCUUUGGAAUAUUUUACAAAGGAAGCUGUAAUUGACACACAAGAAAAGUCCACAAGCAGCUGGACUGUGCAGUGUGGUUCUGGCAUCAGACAGAAAGUGAAUGGGUGCAGUUCUGUGCCUGCAGGCGGCUCGGCCCCUGCAGCAUGGUGGCUGCUUUGCGGUACUGUGAAUGCAUGACCGCCCUUGCUUGUUGCGUUGUGACUUGUCUUGCGGAAGAAAAGGUUGGGAGUUAUGUAGAUGGCAUCACUGCGUGUGUCCAUGCACACACACACACACACACACACGUACACACACACACACACGUACAUACAUGCUCAGCUUUUCUGCUGAACUGAGAUGGAAUUAUAAAGUAAGAGAGUUGGUCAUUUGACCAAAGAAGGGAAUAAGUGUGGGCGGGAGCCUAGGCUAUGAUAAAGUAAGAGCCUCAUAUGACCCAAAGUGAUGACUUUCUAGAUUUUUUUUUUUU